GCUGCGCCCGUGCGGCGCGAUGCCCCCGCGCCCGGCCCCGGCGCCCGCGCCGCCCGCCGCCUAGGCUCCGUGCGCCCCGCGCGCCGCGCCCGCCGCCGCGAUGGGCAACACGGUGCACCGGACCCUGCCAGACCCGAGCCCGCCCGCCCGCCUGCUGGCCACGCGCCCCUGCUGCGGCCCCGGCGCCGGCCCCGAGCGGCGCCCGGCCCUGGGCGAGGCGCCCCGCUUCCACGCGCAGGCCAAGGGCAAGAACGUGCGCCUGGACGGCCACUCGCGCCGGGCCACGCGGCGGAACAGCUUCUGCAACGGCGUCACGUUCACGCAGCGGCCCAUCCGGCUGUACGAGCAGGUGCGCCUGCGCCUGGUGGCCGUGCGGCCCGGCUGGAGCGGCGCGCUGCGCUUCGGCUUCACGGCGCACGACCCGUCGCUCAUGAGCGCGCAGGACAUCCCCAAGUACGCCUGCCCCGACCUGGUCACGCGGCCCGGCUACUGGGCCAAGGCGCUGCCCGAGAGCCUGGCGCUGCGCGACACGGUGCUGGCCUACUGGGCCGACCGCCACGGCCGCGUCUUCUACAGCGUCAACGACGGUGAGCCCGUGCUCUUCCACUGCGGCGUGGCCGUGGGCGGCCCGCUCUGGGCGCUCAUCGACGUCUACGGCAUCACCGACGAGGUGCAGCUGCUCGAGAGCGCCUUCGCCGACACGCUGCCGCCCGCGCGCCUGGGCCAGGCCCGCUUCAGCGCCUGCCCGCCGCCGCCCAGCAGCCACGACGCGGCCAACCUGGACAACAACGAGCUGGAGAGCCACCAGGUGGUGGCCAAGCUGGGCCAGCUGGCGCUGGGCCGCGCGCCCGCCGACGCGCCCGGCGCGGCCGCCGCGGCCAUCCCGUGCGGCGCGCCCCGCGAGCGCGCGCGCCCCGCGUCCUGGCCGGCGCUGCUGGAGGCCGACGCGCGCUUCCACGCCACGCGCGGGCCCGACGUGAGCCUGUCGGCCGACCGCAAAGUGGCCUGCGCGCCGCGGCUCGACGGCGGCCGGACGCUGGUGUUCUGCGAGCGGCCGCUGCGGCCCGGGGAGAGCCUGUGCGUGGAGGUGGGCCGGCCGGGGCUGGCGGCGCCCGGCGCGCUGGCCUUCGGCAUCACGUCGUGCGACCCGGGCGCGCUGCGGCCCGCCGAGCUGCCCGCCGACCCCGACGCCCUGCUGGACCGCAAGGAGUACUGGGUGGUGGCCCGCGCCGGGCCCGUGGCCAGCGGCGGCGACGCGCUCAGCUUCACGCUGCGGCCCGGCGGCGACGUGCUGCUGGGCGUCAACGGGCGCCCGCGCGGACGCCUGCUGUGCGUGGACACCACGCAGGCGCUCUGGGCCUUCUUCGCCGUGCGCGGCGGGGCCGCGGGCCAGCUGCGCCUCCUCGGCACGCUGCAGUCUAGUCCCGCCAACACCACGCCCUCCGGCUCUCUGAGCGGCUCCCAGGACGACAGCGACUCCGAUAUGGCCUUCAGUGUCAACCAGUCGUCCUCAGCCUCCGAGUCGUCCCUGGUGACGGCUCCCAGCUCCCCGCUGAGCCCCCCGGUGUCCCCCACCUUCUGCCCCCCGGAGCCGGCGGGCAGCAAGAACAGCGAGUGCACUGUGUGCUUCGACGGCGAGGUGGACACGGUCAUCUACACGUGCGGACACAUGUGUCUGUGCCACAGCUGCGGCCUGCGGCUGAAGCGCCAGGCGCGGCCCUGCUGCCCCAUCUGCCGGCGGCCGCUCAAGGACGUCAUCAAGAUCUACCGGCCCUAGCACGGGGCCCGACACCCCCUCGGGAAACCAGGGGGGACACGGCCCCUCUCUGGGACGAGGCCUCUGGGGAGCGGGGCCGGAGCCCAGCCCACCUUAGCCAGGGGCGCUUCUGGCCCCGGAGUGCUCUGUGCCCCCCCAGGAGGCCCCCCAAGGGCCAGCUCAGGAACUGCCCACUGCCCACCCCGGCGACCUGCCCUGGAGACCCACACCCCCCGCCCCGUCCCCCUCUGGCCAUGGCAUUUUGCCGGGGCGGGGAGACUGGGGAGAGUGGGUGGGAGCGCAGGGGUGGGGUGGGGGGUCUUGCUUGCUCUGAGCUCUCGGCUGCGGGGAGGGGGCGGGUAUUUAAACCGGGAGGAAGGUGCAAUCUCGGGGAUGCCACGGGGCGCCCUUCCCGGGCCGGGCGUUCCCUGGUGAAUGUACAGAGGUGCCCCUCACGGGGCUCGGGGGACGGUGGUAGGGGACAGGGCCUCGGUGCUGCGGGCUUUCCCGGGGGAGCAGAAAAUAGCCCAAUUGUUUACAGUUCUGGAGCCGCAGAAACUCCUGGGGGCUGGCGGGGGCGGAGAGGAGAAAAGGACAAUUUGCUUUUUUUUUUUUGUUGCUCGUUCAGGCUGGCCGGGGAUUGAGGCGUGCGGGGCGUGAGGGCUGGGUGUAGUCACCACCCACGGCGCCUCAGCGUUGAGUGGGGACCCCUGGCUGUCCUCUCCAGUGGGAUUCGCUCCUCCUCGGGGCUUGGGGGGAACGCAGUGUGUUUGAGGAGGCAGCUGCACAUGGCAGACAGAUGAGCGUGUUUGGGGGUAUCCCCCCUCGCCCCAGGGCCUGUGCCCCCCGGCCUGCAGGCCGCAGUGGCCGUGCAUGGGUGCACGGGGGUCUCCCUGCCCGCCGGUGCUUACUCCAAGGGUCCUGGCUGGUUCAGAUGGAACGGGUGGUGGAGAUCUUGAAAAUGAAGACGGGGGCGGGGCCCCUCCGCCACCCUCCUCUCCCCCCAACUAGGCUCUUUCUGUGGCCUCGCCCCCACCCCCUCACCCCUGCCCAGGCCCUCUCUGCAGACUCCCAGCGCUGUCUUUGGCCAUACCCCAUCCCCUGAAAGCCAGGCGUUUCAGGGGCGUCCCCGAGUCUCUGUUGCUUCCCAGCAGGCCAGGGGGCAUGGUGGGGGGGACGGGCAGCCUCGCCCGGCACUGGACACCAGCCCUGCGUCUCUGCCCCCAGCGCUGCCCGGGCCCCUGCAGGUUGAUUCUUUUUCCCCAGCGGGCUUGGGAAGCAGCCCCCAACGCACCCCACGAUGUGUCUGCAGAACCUUGCAGGGAGCUCAGGGAGCCCCACACGCCCCUUUGGGGGCUGCUGCAGGCCUGGGCAGAGGGACAGGCGUGCCCAGAAGGGGGACAGUCGCCCCUCGAUCCCCGUGAGCCGCGGUCAUAAGCCCUGGUGGGCUCCCCCGGCAAGUGCAGCCCCCCCCCCCCGUGCCCCCUGCUGCAUUUGCGAGCCCCCUCCCCAGCCCCAGCCGCUCCUGGGAAACCAGUGACCUGACCCAGGGCCUGCGCCCCAGGGUGGCCGUGGUCACCGUCAGCUGGGUCGAAAGGCCCAGGUCUGUGGGGCCGGCCCUGCGGCUCCAUAAAUAAACCCGGGCGACCAGGAGAAAUGGGGGGGCUGGGGGGCGUGAACCAGAUGUUUCCUGCCGCCCGGCUGGGUGAGGUCACGGCUGCCGGGACGGGACUGGGAGCCCCUUCCUGACCUCUGCGUCACCGAGCCCUCCGCGCGGGCUCAUCCCUGCUGCUGGGCCCAGAGGCGCCCAGACGGGAAGCGGGCACCUCUUAGACCCCCUGCAGUGCGGUGCCGACCCCCCAGUCAGUGGGCGGCCCUGUGCCCGGGACUCUAGAGCCAGCCGCGGGGGGAGCCACCAGGCCCAGGUGUGGGGCCCCGCAGCCCCCCUGUGCCCCGGCCCCCCGAGUGCCCCCCUUGGGCCCGCCUGCCCCCCACACCCGUUCCACAGGGUGCCCGCGUGGGGCAGCUUGGGGGAGGGGCCAAAGGUCGGGUCGUGCCCCCUCCCAGGAGAAAAGGGGGCAGAGGACCCCCUUCCCUGAGUCUCGCGUCUGUCCAUCUUGACUGCAGAGAGGAAGAGGGUCCUCUCCCGGCCACCCCGGCCCCUUUACCUUGACCCCGGGGCUCCAGGGCACCCCGGGAGAGCGGCACUUUGGGGGUCCUGCAGACAUGUGGGAGCCCACCCGUUCCCGUGCCCCCAGCAGGAGGUCCCUCCAGGCCUGCCCAGUGCCCCUUCAGGGGUGGGGUAGGGGCCCCCUGGACCUCCGAGGCCACACACAGCCAUUUGACGGUCCGCCCAGAGCUGACCCGGUGCAGAGGCCCACGGGGACAUGAGGCCCGCGGGGCCUUUCGCCCCAGUCUGACCUUGGCAACCCCCGCAGACCGCGCCCCUGACCCUGAGCCUCCCGCCCUGCCCCAGGGACAGACCCCACAGCAGGGCCCCUCCCGCACCGGGGGAGAGGGAGGGAUGCUGGGGUCUCGAGACGGCGCCCCGGCCAGCCCCGAGUCUGCCCCACGUCCAGCGGACGGACACUGGCUCAGGAAGACGUGGCGUCCUGCCACCUACGUCUCAGUGUCCCCUUGUCCCCGUCCCCCCAGGCCCCCGAGAUGACCGUACAA